UCUCAACUCCCAAAUAACAACGAACACUUUGGGGCUCGUCAUCAGUUGCAACCGAAGACAUUGCCAUUGACAGCGAUUAAGAGUUUCCUAUUUGUCUGGUUUUGUAGAGUACCGCCAUAUCUAGAAACCUCCGGAAGACUUGAGGUUAUGCACCGAUUUGUUUCUCUUCGUGGGUGUAGAAAACUGAGGACAAAAACCGAACGGAGGGAUUUACUGAUCAAUGCGAAUAAACAUUUGAACGACCUGAUUAAAAUGUCCAGAUUUGAGGAUGCCAGAAAGGUGUUCGAUGAAAUGUCUGAACGGGAUGAGUUUACUUGGAAUACAAUGAUAGCUGGGCAUGCGAAUUCAGGGAAUAUUAUUGAAGCCAAGAAGCUGUUUGAUGAGGCUCCAAAGAGGACUGCAAUUACAUGGUCAUCCCUUUUGUCGGGUUUUUGCAAAAUCGGCUCCGAAAAUAAGAGUCUUCGAUUGUUUUACGAAAUGCUGCUGGAGGGGCACAAGCCGAGCCAGUUCACUUUGGGGAGUUUGCUUAGGCUCUGUUCUAUAAAGUCUCUGCUCUCAAUAGGUGAGCAGAUUCACGGCUACGCCGUGAAGGCUUCCUUCGACAUGGAUGUUUUCAUCGUUACAGGUUUAAUUGAUGUGUAUGCAAAGUGUAUGCGCAUUGUGGAAGCAGAAUGUCUGUUCGGGAGCAUGUCUGGUGGGAGGAAUCAUGUCACUUGGACUGCAUUGAUCAAGGGAUACUCCCUAAACGGUGAUUCUGUAAGAGCGAUUCAGUGCUUUGGAGAGAUGAGGGCCGAAGGGAUUGAGGCGAACCAGUACACAUUUCCAGCCGUGUUGUCAGCCAGCGCAGCUGUUUCUGAUCUCGUUGUAGGAAUGCAGACGCAUACUUGCAUUGUUCAUGGUGGUUUCUCCGCGAAUGUUUUUGUUCGGAGCGCAUUGGUUGAUAUGUACGCAAAAUGUGGGGAUUUGAGCAGUGCUUGGAAAGUAAUCGAAUCAAUGGAGUUUGAUGACGUGAUCUCUUGGAAUGCCAUGCUUGUCGGAUGUGUUCGACAGGGCUUUCCGGAUAAAGCUCUGUCCGUGUUCAGAACAAUGCACGCGAAAGAUAUGGAGCUCGAUGAAUUCACCUUCCCGUCUGUGCUGAACUCGCUAACUUUGUUGAACGACGAGGAUGCAGGUAAGAAUAUCCAUUCCCUUGUUAUUAAAUCCGGAUUCGAGAGAUAUAUGCUGGUGAACAAUGCCCUCAUUGAUAUGUACGCGAAAGCUGGUAACUUCUAUUGCGCGUUUAAAUCAUUCGACCUUGGAGGCGAAAAGGAUGUGAUCUCAUGGACAUCAUUAAUCACCGGCUGCGCUCACGGUGGCUUCCACGAAGAAGCUCUUACGCUGUUUUGUAAAAUGAGAGUGAACGGGACUUAUCCUGACGGCGUCGUCUCCUCAAGCAUUCUAAGUUCCUGCGCAGAACUGGCUUUGUUAGACUUAGGGCAGCAAGUUCACGCGAACUGUAUUCAAUCCGGGUUCGCCAAGGCCUUAUCGGUCAGUAACUCGCUCAUGUCUUUGUACGCGCGUUGUGGCUGGUUGGACAAUGCGAAGAAAGUGUUCGAGUCUAUGGAAACACGGAACGUAAUAUCGUGGACUGCUUUGAUCGUUGGCUACGCCCAAAACGGCGAGGGGCUGACCUCUCUUCGAUGCUACGACGAGAUGAUAGCAUCGGGUGUGAGACCCGACUUCAUAACAUUCAUCGGAUUGCUGUUCGCCUGCAGCCACGCUGGUCUCACAGAGCGCGGGCGCUACUACUUCGACUCUAUGGCGCAAGAUUACGGGAUAACACCAGGCCCCCACCAUUAUGCAUGUAUGAUCGAUCUUUUCGGCAGGGCCGGGAGGAUGAAAGAAACAGAGCAUCUGUUUAAGGAGAUGGAUUUCAAACCCGACGCGACUGUAUGGAAAGCGCUGCUUUCCGCUUGCCGGAUGCACGGGAACAUCAGCUUGGCGAAGAGAGCUGCGGAAGCUAUACUCGAAUUGGAGCCUGAAAACUCGGUUCCGUAUGUUAUGCUUUCGAACAUCUUCUCCGCCAACAGGAAAUGGGACGAAGCAGCUUCGGUAAGGUUGCUGAUGAAAUCGAGAGGCGUCCGGAAGGAGCCGGGAAGCAGUUGGGUCGAAUCGAAUGGCAAAAUGCACACAUUUAUGUCCGGAGAUAAGUCCCAUCCAGACGCAGGAGGCAUAUACUUAAAAAUUGACGAGAUCAUGGCAUCGAUCAAGGGCGCCGGGUACAUACCUGCGACAGACUUGGCGCUUCGCGACAUCAACGAAGAGGGGAAGGAGCAAGACCUCGCCUACCACAGCGAGAAGCUCGCCGUCGCCUUCGGGCUGCUCAAACUGCCGAAAGCUGCGCCCAUUCGGAUAUACAAGAACUUACGGGUGUGCGGCGAUUGCCACGCUGCGAUGAAAUUUAUAUCACAGGUUUAUCAGAGGCACAUUGUUCUAAGGGACUGUAACUGCUUUCACCAUUUCAAGGAAGGGAACUGCUCCUGUGGAGAUUACUGGUAA